AUGGGAAGCGAGUGUGGUCCUGGUGGCAGCCAGAGCCGGGCGGUGUGGUGUGCCCAUUCCGAAGGCUGGACCACCCUUCACACCAAUUGCGACCAGUCCCAACGCCCCAACAACCAGCAAGGGUGCUUCAGGGUCUGCGACUGGCACAAAGAACUUUAUGACUGGCAGUUAGGGGCAUGGAACCAGUGUGUGCCCAUUUCAAUGCGAAACUCCGGGGUUCAGCGUCCGGCGGUCUGUACCAGAGGGGAUGAGGGGAUCCAGACUCGUGAAGUCGGUUGCGUAAAAAAAUCUGAUGCCGAACCAGCAGAAGACGCAAUUUGUGAAUACUUUGAGCCCAAACCACGCCUCGAACAAGCUUGUCUUAUCCCUUGCCCACGGGAUUGUGUUGUGUCCGAGUAUGGCCCGUGGACUUCUUGUUCCAAAACUUGUGGUCUGGGCCUUCAAAAUCGCAUCCGUUCUGUCUUGGCACCGCCUUUAUUUGGGGGUUCAGCCUGCCCGAAUCUCACAGAGUUCCAGACCUGCCAUUUGGGACAUUGCAGCGGGGAGGAGAGUCUCUACAGCUUGAGGGUAGGACCUUGGGGGCCUUGCUCAGUUCCACUACUAAGACAAGCAAGGCAAGCCGUCAAAGCGUUCCGGGAUACGGAUAAGCCACGCAGAGGUGAAAGAACUGGCAAAGAUGGUGACAGAGAAGACGUUAAGCUUGCAAAAGAUAUUGACAGACCUCCAAGAAACCGAGACAGACAAGGUAGGAAGGAGAAACUCGCGAAAGAUGAAGCCAAGCCACCGAAGGCAGCGGAUAAAGUGUUGAAAGAAAGUGAAAUCCUUCAAACAGACGAUAUUCUACCCACACUGGAGACUGUGGAAACUGACAAACUGGAAAGGGAGGUCGAGAAACGUCCCAAAGAAGGAAAAGUCAAAAACAAGAAGGACAAAGCCAAGAGAAAACUAGCAAAACUGGCUAACAGGAACCCGGACAGGCCAUCCCGUCAAGCUGACAAGGCAAAACGCAAAGCCAAAAAAGCAAAGAACAAAGAGAAGAGGGAGAAGAUGCGAGAGAGAGCACAGGAGAGAUUGAAAGACAAGGGGAAAUUAAAGGAUCCAGAGACGUCAGAGUUGAUUAAGAAGAAAAGGACCAGGAACAGACAGAACCGGCCUGGAGGGAAGUCUUGGGCUCUGCAGAUCGGGUACCAAACCAGAGAGGUGAACUGCGUACACAAGAGCGGCGAGGUGGAGGCGCUAAGCUUCUGUGCGGAUGCGUCUCUGCCGGUGACGUACCAGGCCUGCGUCAUAUCCAAAGACUGCGAGGUGACCGAGUGGGCGGAGUGGUCAGCCUGCUCUAAAGAGUGCUACGACCCCAAUGGACCCAAGGGAGAACGCACCCGCAUUCGUAAGGUCACCCAGUUCCCUGUGGGCCAGGGAGCGGGCUGCCCUGAGCUGGAGGAGAAGGAGGAGUGCACCCCACAAGGCGACAAAGUGCCUCCAUGUGUUGUUUACAGCUGGAAGAACACGGAGUGGACUGAGUGCCGCGUGGACGUGCUGCUCAGCCAACAGGACCGUCGGCGCGGUAACCAGACGGGCCUGUGCGGGGGCGGGGUCCAGAGCCGCGAGGUCUACUGCGUACAGUCCAGCGCCGACGCCACUCCCAACCUCGGCUCGCUGCGCAGCAAAGAAGCUCUUCGGCCGGUGGACAGUGACUUGUGUCUGGGCGUACCCCCCAACACCACCCAGUUCUGCCACAUCAGCUGCCCGGUGGAGUGCGAGGUGUCUGCCUGGAGCGCCUGGGGACCCUGCACCUACGAGAACUGCCAGGACCAGGUGGCCAAGAAAGGCUUCAAACUGCGGAAGAGGAGGAUCGUGAAUGACCCCACAGGCGGGAUGGGGAACUGCCCUCACCUGGUGGAGGCCAUCCCGUGUGAGGACCCCGGCUGCUACGACUGGCUGGUGGUGACGCUGGACCAGUGCGUGCCCGAUAACGAGGCGGCGUGCGGCCCGGGGACCCAGAAUCCGCAAGUGCAGUGUGUCAACAGUGACGGUGAAUUCGUGGAGAGGCAGCUGUGUCGUGACGCCAUCCUGCCCAUGCCCGCCAUCUGCGAAGUGCCUUGCCCAAAAGACUGCGCCCUGAGUCCGUGGACGCCCUGGACCCUCUGUUCCAACACCUGCUCUGGGAAGAGCACGGAGGGCAAGCAGACCAGGGCCAGGUCCAUACUGGCCUACAACGCUGGUGAAGGCGGUAUCCAGUGCCCAAACAUCAGCAGUCUCCAGGAGGUGCGCAUCUGCAACGACCACCCCUGCACGGUGUACCACUGGCAGACCGGACCCUGGGGCCAGUGCAUCGAGGACUCCUCCAUCCCGGCGGGGAACACGUCUGUGGGGAGAGCCAGGGGCGACGACAACUCCUGCUCCAUCGGCAUGCAGACGCGCAAGGUCAUAUGUGUGCGCGUCAACGUGGGACAAGUGCCGCCCAAGAAGUGUCCCGAGAGCCUGCGUCCAGACACGGUGCGCCCCUGCCUGCUGCCCUGUAAGCGCGACUGCAUCGUGACCCCCUACAGCGACUGGAGCCCGUGCCCGUCAGCAUGUCAGACAGGUGGAAAUGUGAAGAGGAAGCAGUCCCGGAAGCGUCUGGUCAUCCAGUAUCCCGCCAACGGGGGCCAGGACUGUCCCGAGCUGUUGACCCAGGAAAGAGAGUGUGAUGCCCCCUCAGUCUGCAGCGGAUACAGAUGGAAGACCCACAAAUGGCGCAGAUGCCAGCUGGUGCCCUGGACGGUUCGUCAGGACAGCCCCGGAGCACAGGAGACGUGUGGGCCCGGCCUACAAGUCAGAGCCGUGUCGUGUCGUAAGCAGGACGGGGGUCAGGCUGACGUGGAGGCCUGUCUAAAGCACUCCAGCCCCAUGCCUGCCCUCACCCAGCCCUGCCAGGUGCCCUGCCAGGAGGACUGCCAGCUCAGCACGUGGUCCAAGUUUUCCUCCUGCUCCGCCGACUGCGUGGGGGUCCGCAGCCGCAAGAGGGUGCUCAUCGGUAAAAGUAAGAAGCGUGAGCAGUGUAAGAACCACCAGGCCUACCCUCUGAGUGACACGCAGUACUGUCCUUGUAACAAGUACAACGCUCAGCCCGUGGGGAACUGGUCCGACUGCAUCCUGCCCGAGGGGGGCAGAGUGGAGGGCCAGCUGGGCAUGAAGGUCCAGGGGGACAUCCGCGAGUGUGGCCAAGGCUACCGCUACCAGGCCAUGGGCUGCUAUGACCAGGACAACCGCAUGGUGGAGACGUCCCGCUGUAAUAGCCACGGGUACAUUGAGGAGGCGUGCAUCAUCCCCUGCCCCUCGGACUGCAAGCUGAGCGAGUGGUCCAACUGGUCACGCUGCAGUAAAUCCUGUGGCAGCGGCGUCAAAGUGCGUUCCAAGUGGCUCAGAGAGAAGCCCUACAACGGGGGGAGACCUUGCCCCAAACUGGACCAUGUCAACCAGGCUCAGGUGUACGAGGUGGUGCCUUGUCUCAGCGACUGCGGUCAGUACGUGUGGGUGUCCGAACCCUGGAGCGUGUGGAAGGUCAGCAACGUGGACCUGAAGGACAACUGCGGAGAGGGCGUACAGACCAGGAAAGUCAGGUGUAUGCUGAACACUAUCGAUGGGCCCCUGGAGCAGGUGGAGGAUUACCUGUGUGACCCAGAGGAGAUGCCCCUGGGGGCCCGCAACAGCCGCUUGCCCUGUCCUGAGGACUGUGUGCUCUCCGACUGGUCCGACUGGAGCCCCUGUGCCCUGCCGUGUAACAGCAGCAGCAGCCGACAGAGAAGUGCCUCCCUGCUGCGUCAGCCCGGAGAAAGCAGACAGUGCUCCUCAACCACCGAGACAGAGCCCUGCAAACUCAACGCCAACUGCUUCCACUACUCCUACAACAUCACAGACUGGAGCACAUGCCAGCUGAGCGACCGGGCCGUGUGCGGCAGCGGCAUCAAGACCAGGAUGUUGGACUGUGUGCGCAGCGACGGCAAGUCUGUGGACCUCAACUUCUGCAGAGAGUUGGGUCUGGAGAGGAAGUGGUCCAUGAACGCCUCGUGUGUGGUGGAGUGUCCGGUGAACUGCCAGCUGUCCGAGUGGUCGUCCUGGUCCAAGUGUACGCACACAUGUGGACUGGCCGGCAAACUGUGGAGGAGGCGCACGGUGGUCCAGGCCCCCCAGGGUGACGGCCGGCCCUGCCCCUCUCAGAUGGAGCAGUGGAAGCCCUGUCCUGUGAGGCCCUGCUACAGCUGGAGGUACAGCGCCUGGUCCCAGUGCAAGGCCGAGGGGGCGGUGUGCGGCGAGGGCCUGCGCUUCAGGAACGUGUCGUGUUUUGUGUCGGACGGCUCCGGACAGCAGGAGCUCAGCCUGGUGGACGACGAGCUGUGCGGGGACGUGGACUUCGCUGUGGACGGAGACGCCAACGUGACGCUGGAGGAGGACUGCACGGUGCCAUGCCCAGGGGAGUGCUACCUGACGGAGUGGACCGCGUGGAGCCCCUGCCAGCUGAGCUGUGUGGGGGGAGAGGACCUGGGUCUAGGCUCAGUCCAGGUGCGCUCCAGGGCUGUGGUGGCUCAGGACCCAGAAAACCUGCUGCAGUGUCCGGAGCAGGAGCACGAGGCGCGACCCUGCACAGAGGGCCAGUGUCUGGAUUACAAGUGGAGGACGGGGCCAUGGAGAGGCUCGUCCCGCCAGGUGUGGUGCGAGCGCUCCGACUCACUCAAUGUCACAGGAGGCUGCCCUCUGAGCUCCCAGCCCACAUCGGACCGCUCCUGCAACCCGCCCUGCACCAAGGCGCGCUCCGUGUGCACCGAGGCCGGAGUGUGCGGCUGUGAGGAGGGCUACACGGAGGUCAUGACUUCAGAUGGCGUGCUGGACCAGUGCACCGUCAUCCCAGUGCUGGAGAUCCCCACGGCCGGAGACAACAAAGCCGACGUCAAGACCAUCCGCGCCUUCAACCCCACGCAGCCUGCCGCCAGCUCUCCCGGGCGGGCCGGCCGGACGUGGUUCUUGCAGCCCUUUGGUCCAGAUGGGAAGCUGAAGACGUGGGUGUACGGCGUGGCAGCGGGAGCCUUCGUCCUGCUCGUCUUCAUCAUCUCUAUGACGUACUUAGCCUGUAAAAAGCCAAAGAAGCCCCAGCGGAGGCAGAUGAACAACCGCCUGAAGCCGCUGACCCUGGCCUACGACGGCGAUGCGGACAUGUGA